GCACUGGAAUCGCUGUUCUGGAUUCAGAUUCUCUCAUUGAUUUGCAAAUCGCCUGGAAGACCUCUAGGAUCUUAGGGUUGAAAAUGAGUGCCAGAAAGGGGGUGGGGGGGGGGGAAGAGUGGACUAUGGGGUGACCCCCGUGCCUUGUACCCUGUUUUGCCCUGACCUGGGCGUAGGCUAGCAGAUCCGCGGGACACUGCUUGCCCCUUGAGGGGUUGAGGUUACUGCUCAAAGGAUGCAGGUCCACCCCAACUGGGAGGCGGUGAAAAAAAAAAAUACAACUGGGACUCUUUAAAGCCGAGGAAUGCCUUGGCUUCAACCGAAUGCGCAAGCCUUCCGCCCAGUAGGCUCAAAUGGGUUAAACUGCCUCUUACAUAACAGGACCGCCUAGCUCCACACAAUUAAAACACUGAUUGCAGCCUCCUCCAACUCUGCAUCCCAGUAAGGCCCGCCCAUCCCUCCCGUUGCGCCUGCGUGUCGCGCGCUCCCGGGCCCAGCACGCGCCCUGCACACUCCAUCUCCCUCUCACAAGUGGACACUCUGUGCUGACACCACACGCGCACACACACUCAUGCGCAAGUUAGUAUCAAGACGCACAGAGAAGGGCAGGCGUUCUCCAGUACGCACAGGCGGACUCACACACGCACUAGCUUUCGGUCGGCAUGCCCGAAUCACUAUACUGUCCCCGUAAAGCAGCAGCGCCGCCACAAUCCCUGCUUAUCUCCAAGAGAGGGUGAAAAGAAAUACCCCCACUAAAGGAAAAAUAAGGAACGGAGGGAAGGAAACAGGAAGGGGAGAGAAGAGAGGAGAGGAGAGGAGAGGAGAGGAGAGGAGAGGAGAGGAGAGGAGAGGAGAGGGGAGGGGAGGGGAGGGGAGGGGAGGGGAGGGGAGGGGAGGGGAGAGGAGAGGAGAGGAGAGGAGAGGAGAGGAAGAGAGAGAAGAGAGAGCUAACUGGCAGUUUAUUAACAGCGCUAUUAGCUAGUCAGGAUUAAAAAAAAAAUACAAGACAACAACAAAAAAAGCCAACUCACUCAGUCUCAGGCGUCAUGAUGGCGCCGACCCCAACUUGAGCACUUUAAAGUCGGGGGCCCGAGGAGCCGAAAGCACCAGAGGGCAGGCCUGGCCCUUAUGCCCUGACUUCCCAGCCCCGCGGCUCGCAAAGCUCUCUAGUUCGCGCUGCCAAGCCGGACUAGACCUCGGCGUAUCCUCAGUCGCCCUAGCUUCCCAGUCCCUCUUCUUUCCUCUUUUUGAUCUAUCUCUUUCGCUUCUCCGGCCCCCCUCCCUGCCUGGUCCUCCAUCCCUGGGCGGGGUUGCUACGGAAACGGCCGCUUGGCAACGCGCGCGAGCCCGGGGGCCGCCGGCCGCUGCUGCGCCCCGCGCUGCCUGCGCCGCCUCCCGCGCUCUGCUCGCAGCCUCGCAGGACGGUGUGCGGCCGCCAGGGAUUAGCCACGCUCCGGACGCGGCCGGGCGCCCCGAAGGAGGUGGAGCGCGGUGCCAGGGGGCGGGAGGGGAGGGAGGGAAGGCAAGCUGCAGAGGAGCAGAAAGGAGGCGAGGCCGGGGAAAGAGGGAAACUACGCCCGACAACUAGGGAGGGGGCGAGAAAGAGAAGAAACCCACCCACCCACUCAGAAAAAGGAAAAGAGGAAAAAAAAUCUCGUGUGGCGCGCCGCCUGGUUAUCGGGCAGCCUCGCCAGCAGCAGGGGGUGGGAGCCGACGCUGCCGGAGAGCGAGCAGCCUGGCAGGCACGGACAUGGUGCUCCUGGCGCAGGGCGCUUGUUGCUCGAACCAGUGGCUGGCGGCGGUGCUUCUGAGCCUGUGCUCUUGCCUCCCGGCCGGGCAGAGCGUGGACUUCCCUUGGGCGGCCGUGGACAACAUGCUGGUGAGGAAAGGUGACACAGCGGUGCUCAGGUGUUACUUGGAAGAUGGAGCAUCAAAGGGUGCCUGGCUCAACAGGUCAAGUAUCAUUUUUGCUGGAGGUGACAAGUGGUCAGUGGACCCUCGAGUUUCCAUUUCCACAUUGAAUAAAAGAGACUACAGCCUCCAGAUACAGAAUGUUGAUGUAACAGAUGAUGGCCCGUACACCUGUUCUGUGCAGACCCAACACACACCACGGACAAUGCAGGUUCAUCUCACUGUGCAAGUCCCACCGAAAAUAUACGACAUCUCAAAUGACAUGACCAUCAAUGAAGGAACCAAUGUCACCCUUACUUGUUUGGCCACUGGGAAGCCAGAGCCUGUCAUUUCCUGGAGGCAUAUCUCCCCAUCAGCAAAACCAUUUGAAAAUGGACAAUAUUUGGACAUUUAUGGAAUUACAAGGGACCAGGCUGGGGAGUAUGAAUGCAGUGCAGAAAACGAUGUGUCGUUCCCAGACGUGAAGAAAGUGAGAGUGAUCGUGAACUUUGCGCCUACAAUUCAGGAAAUUAAAUCUGGCACUGUGACCCCUGGACGCAGUGGACUGAUACGAUGCGAGGGUGCAGGUGUGCCGCCGCCGGCCUUCGAGUGGUACAAAGGAGAGAAGAGGCUCUUCAAUGGCCAACAAGGAAUUAUCAUUCAGAAUUUUAGCACAAGAUCCAUCCUCACAGUGACCAAUGUGACGCAGGAGCACUUCGGCAACUAUACUUGUGUGGCUGCCAACAAGUUGGGUACAACCAACGCGAGCCUGCCCCUCAACCAAAUUAUUGAGCCUACUACCUCUAGUCCUGUCACAAGUCCAGUGGGUUGAUGAGCCUCUGUUUCCUCAGUGAAAACGCAGCUGCUGAUAUUUGCAAGUGCAUACAGACACAACAUUCUGACUCUCUGCAAGCAUUAGAGUGUUAGCACAGGGACGCAGCAUUCUGAUGCUUUGUAAAGGUAAGAGUGUUAGCACACAGACGCCAUUUUUCGAUUCACUUGCUGUCAGCACAACCAUAGCUUCAGUUUUAUCAAUAAUUUAUUACAAACAUCCAAGCAUGAGUGACAAAGAGAAAAAUAUGUUAAAAAUAUUACUUCAACUUAAAGACUGGCCCAUCAAUGCUGCUGAGUGCAUACAACCUAAACUUUCUACUCUGUUGUAUUGAUCUUGCAGUGAGCAAUUGAAAGCAGUGCACGGGCACAAUUAUGAAACAAAGGCUGUAAGGUACAUGGGGAAUUAAUAUAUUUCACAUACACGCUUCUUUUUUAGAGUAUUUUAACAAGUAUGGCUUGGUUAAUCAAAUAGACUCUGAUGCCUGGAAUUCUGUAUUAAUGUCUUAAAUGUCUAAGAUUUGCACCCAAAACUAAAGGGACCUGGCUAACUUUCUUACAUGGGAUUCUCCAAGCUCAUUGACGGGGCAAAUACAAAUCUCCUUUUUAUUAUCUAAUAGCCAGUUUUGCAGAAGUCAAUGAGCUUGCUACAUGUUUGGAUUAAAUAUGCAGGUUAAAAAAAUGACUACAAAAUAAUCAAAAUGUUCUCUUCAUUUUAUUCCUUGCCCUCAAAGGCACUCUUCAACUUCAUCUUUGCCUAUAUCAGUAAUCAUCUACCAGGUCCACUCUUUAGUCCUAGACUCAUUUUUUAAAAAAUAUGGAAUGCUUCAUGAAUUUGCGUGUCAUCCUUGGUCAGGGGCCAUGCUAAUAUUCUCUAUAUCAUUCCAAUUUUAGUAUAUGUGCUGCCAAAGCGAUCACAAGUCCUAGACUCAUUUUAACAUUGUUGCAAGGUUUCAGAGAAAAUAAAUUAUGUCUUUCGAGACAGCCCUAAGAAAUGAAUUCACAGAGACGUAGUCUUCAGAUACUCAUAGUACUUCUUUCCAGAAGACCUGACCUCUGCCCUAAUAACCAAAGUGUGAACCUAGGUAUAUAUUCAAGUUUGUAACAAACCUGAAAUUUAAAUAAAAUUAUCUUUUCCUAAUCAUUAACUAUUUCAAAUAUUUUGCAUUUGGAAAGCAAAACAAGGGCUCUGUUGAGACAGAGUGGUAUUACAGGUAGGGGAUUAUUACAGAAAUGUCUCUCAUGCAUUAGAUCAAACAACUGAUUUGGUCCAGUAGGCCUGUGUGUGUGUUGCCAAGGGAUGGGCAUUCUGUGUAUGAUUGUGACCAUGAAUGUCCACAUUCAGAGGGCGACCUAAGGUUGUUGACCCUCACCUUUAUGUGAUAGGGUCUCGGCUGAUGUACACACCAGGCCAUCUGGAGGGUAGUCUUUCAUUUCCGAUAGGCUCAUGGUAUUACAAGCACUCCACCCUCUUCAUCUGCCUAUUAUGUGGAUUUUGGAUAUAUGAACUCAAUCAAUAGGGUUACACAGCCAGGACUUCUCCUGACUGAGCCCUAACUCCAGCCCAACAGUCUUUGGAUGUGUUUGCUUCUUGUUUUUUGGAUUUACAGUGUCCCCUGUUAACAAUUAAGACUCCAAAAUAAAGUUUUCAAGUUGAAUCCUUAUUCUACAAAGAGAACUGUAUUAUUUAUGAGUUCUACAACCAUUGAUUUAAUAAGGCUGUAUGUAGGGACAUGUUGGACAGCCAUGACCCAUAUAUGACCUGGAGUUUAUUAUGAAGAACUAUUUUGUUCAUUUUGAUUUGUUUCAGUAUAAUACACCACAUUCUUUGCUUUGUGGUCUAUUUAUUUCUUUCUCACUACUGGCUGAUGAGAGAUAAGAACUUGCCAAAAUUGUAUCUAUGUGCCUAAACAUCUUGACUCAAAGUGACUCUCUAUAGCAAAGGCUGAAAGACAUUACAUGGUCCUGCAGGGCUCAUGGGGAGGUGAUACUGUAAUGUGACUCUUACCACACUAGCACAAAGUUCUCCUGGAGGUAGAAACUUUGUGUUUUGCCUUCUGUGAUGUGGGUUGUUUUAAACUUUCAAAAUUACUGAGUCUGGAUCCUUAAGCAGGUAUUGAGAUAUAACUACUUAGUCCAUUUCUGAAGAGAGUCUUCAGAAUUUAAAAAAAAUUUUUUUGGUAUUUUCUUCAUUUACAUUACAAAUGCUAUCCCCGAAAGGCCCCUAUACCCUCCCCCUGCCCUACUCCCCAACCCACCCAAUCCCGCUACUUCACAAGACCAGGGCCUCGCCUCCCAUUGAUGGCCAACUAGGCCAUCCUCUGCUACAUAUGCAACUAGAUACAUAGUUCUGAGGGUACUGGUUAGUUCAUAUUGUUGUUCCUCCUGUAGGGUUGCAGAACCCUUUUGCUCCUUGGGUACUUUUUCUAGCUUCUUCAUUAGGGGCCCUGUGUUCCAUCUGAUAGAUGACUAUGAGCAUCCACUUCUGUAUUUGCCAGGCACUGGCAUGGCCUCACAAGAGAUAGUUAUAUCAGGGUCCUGUCAGCAAAAUCUUACUGGCAUAUGCAAUACUGUCUGGGUUUGGUGGUUAUAUAUGGGAUGGAUCCCCAUGUGGGCCAGUCUCUGGAUGGUCCUUUCUUCCAUCUCAGCUCCGAACUUUGUCUCUGUAACUCCUUCUAUGGUUAUUUUGUUCCCCAUUCUAAGAAGGAAUGAAGUAUCCACUCGCUGGUCUUCCUUCUUAGGUUUCAUGUGUUUUGCAAAUUGUAUCUUGGGUAGUCUAAGUUUCUGGGCUAAUAUUCACUUAUCAGUGAGUGCAUAUCAUGUGUGUUCUUUUGUGAUUCCGUUACCUCACUUAGGAUGAUAUCCUCCAGAUCCAUCCAUUUGCCUACAAAUUUUAUAAAUUCAUCGUUUUUAAUAGCUGAGUAGUACUCCAUUGUGUAAAUGUACCACAUUUUCUGUAUCUAUUCCUCUGUUGAGUGACAUCUGGGUUCUUUCCAGCUUCUGGCUAUUAUAAAUAAGGCUACUAUGAACAUAGUGAAGCAUGUGUCCUUAUUACAAGUUAGGACAUCUUCUGGGUAUAUGCCCAGGAGAGAUAUUGCUGGAUCUUCUGGUAGUACUAUGUCCAAUUUUCUGAGGAACUGCCAGACUGACUUCCAGAGUGGUUGUACCAGCUUGCAAUCCCACCAACAAUGGAGCAGUGUUCCUCUUUCUCCACAUCCUCACCAGCAUCUGCUGUCACAUGAAUUUUAAAACUGUAAACAUGGGAGCUUGAUGGAUAAUGUGUCUACUGCACAGGCAUGAGAGUCGGGAUUUGGUUCCCUAGCACCCAUGUGAAAGCAAGGCCUGGCAGCAUGAGCUUCUAUGCCAGCACCGGAGGGGCGAGGAACCACAGAAAGAUCUUUGGGGUUUACUGGCCAGUCUGUAUAAUCAAAAAUGGAAGUUCUGAGUUUAGUGGGAGACUCUUUCCAUAAAAUAAGAACAAUAGAGGAAGAUACCUGAUGUCCACCUGCACACACACACACACACACACACACACAAGAUGGGACAAGGUGAAGGGAGGGAGAGGGAAAGGGAGAUAAACAGAGACAGAGAGAGAAUAAUUGACAUUCAGAGAUGAAAUAGGCCCAACAAAGCUCUGAUUUUUAGUUACAAUUUUGUUAGGCACCCAAGGAAAUUUCAUUUCUCCAACAUAAACUCUUGUUUAAAACUAACAUUGUUUAGGUUCUGCAUAAUGACAAAGAAUGAAAAAUAGGUUCAGACCCUGUAGUGUCUCUAGUCUCUGUGUCUACUCUGCUGCCUCAAGAGUAGCUGUCCACCAAAGACAUCUCUCUGAUAGGAGCUCAGUUGCCUUUGAAGUGACUUUGAGUGCAACCAGCUACAUCCAAAUGAUACAAAUAAUGGAAUCCAAGAGACCUGGCAGGCAGCUGGGUAGAAGCACCCACAGCUCUCUCCACUGAGUGUUCUCAUGGUUGAGGAAUGACCCCAGGGUCUCCUCUGAUUACAGCAAAUGAGCUCAUGAGUGGCCAUGAGUGAGCACACUGAUUGGGCUUGGCACAUUCCAUGAUCAGUUACACAUUAGCUUUUGGAAAAGAAUGGCCAGACUCAUUGGGCAGAAAAUACAGAAGCGGGGUCUUUGGCAGAGGAUGGGGAUACACAGCAGCUGGAGGAGUUGCAUUCCCAUAAUUUACUGGUUGGGAGAGCCAAGCCAGACCUUUCAUGGCUGUGCUUCCCACAUCAUUUUUGGUGGGACUGCAGGUGGGAAAAGGAGACCACAGCAGUCCCUCUUUAGGCAACAGUAAAGCGGGGGGGGGGGGUGGACAUUUGCUCCAGGAUGACUGCAGACCAGGUCUGUCUGGAGAUAGGAUAUUAAUUUUCACUUCAUAAACUAAUAGACCUGGGGUGUUGACUAGUUCAACAUACACUCUUCCUUGCUAGAACCUUUCUAAGCUGAAGGAAGUGCUAGCAUGUUUUACAAGGCAGUAAGUUUGAUGGCCAUAAACUUCAUCAUAGUGGGAAGAGAGAAGAAUGACUGGACCCUCCCAAGGAAGGGAGCUUUGGAAUAAGGGCCACAUCCCGGUGGUUAGAGAAUAUCAUGUGCUUCUGUCCCUGUAUUUUACCAGUUUGGUUUUACUGAUGGCCUGUGCUCACUAGCAGCAAGUUUUAACUUCACACAGUAUUGUCUCUGUGAAGGAUGGAGGUUCAAGGUGAAUACUAGCAUUCUUGACUAAGCCAUGGACAUAUAGAGUUACAUACCCACCUUGAAGAUAACCAGACAUUAACAAAUAGUAAAGGGUUCUAUGAUGAGGCCAUGGGACAGUAAAGGUUUUGCUUGGAAAUGUGAGAUAUUUGUUGGAUCUUCACAUCACCCUCCUCCUAAACAGCAUGUAUUUACAUCUAAACACUUUAAAAUUCUAUUCUAUCCCUUAUUUAGCAUUUUACAACCUACAGCUUAUAAGCUAUAAGAAGAGCAUGAGUUCUUAAAGGCCCAAAUUUAGAGAAACAACAAAUCAAUUUUAUCCCAGGAAUCAACUUCACUGAGAGUGAUUUAUUCCUAAGAAUAGAUUAAAACCCUGUUGCCAAAAUAUUUUUAAUUUUUUUUAAAAGUGAAGUUCUAGAAGUAUAGAAUCACAUUGUUUCAUUUUCAAAGCAAUCCAGAAACGGUACUAUUUGCAAAUAGACAUAUAAUGCAAAUGAUUGCAUAUGAUACUAUUUUGGAAGACUAAGGUGAAACCACAAAGAUGGCCAACAGUUCUUGUAGUAUUUGCACAGCUUCUGUGGCCAAAGACUGCUUCUCUCUCUCUUUCUCUCUCUCUCUCUCUCUCUCUCUCUCUCUCUCUCUCUCUCUCUCUCUCUCUGUCUCUCUCUCUCUGUCUCUCUCUGUGUGUGUGUGUGUGUGUGUGUGUGUGUGUGUGUGUGUGUGUGUGUGUGUGUAUGUUCCACAUGGAAACAGGGAUGAGGCAGCUCCAUUGGGUCAUUGGCACCUAUCAGCCCCCAGUUUGAAGAUCUAGCAGAUAUCACUUCAGCUGGCACUUUUGAUAUUAAAAGGCUUUUCUCACCAUUUCUUGCUAGCAAAGAAUGUCAGCAUCAUGGGAACCAGACACAUCAUACUUUGGUUUUCUAAUUCCUUAAAGUUGGCGCUAAAGAAAAACCAGAUUAAGCAUAGUCUUGAUGCACUGUUUUGAUUGAAUCUCUUCUCCAGUGUUAGGAAUAGAUGUUAGCAAAGUCUCAGGCAGUUUAAGGAGCUGUGAAGGGUGGUACAAUGUGGAGUUUCUGCAUAGUGAAAUUCACACACUUAUUCCACUGACAGGAUGUCAUAGGACUCUGGUGAUAGAUAAUGAAUUCAUGUCUUGUUACUGUACAUCUCCCUGUCAUAUGAACAGAGCAGAAGAUAAUCAAAUAUUCAUCUUUUAUAGAACUAUCCCAAUUUGGGGUCUUUCAGGGACCCCUGGGAUGCCUGCGUCAGAUGUUUUUCUUUGUUGAAAGCAUGACACUUAGAUUAAAAAGAAUGCAGACUAGAACCAAGCCACAAUAAAAGAAAAAAAAACCUAUGAAUCCAAAUAAUCACUUCAUCAUCUAUGAAAAAAGUCAAAGGAAUGCAAAGAAGGCAGGAUAUAUUUUUCUAGGAAGGAUGUCAGCCUUCGGUCCAAGUGUACCCUCAUUUUUCAAUCCCCUCAUCUGCAAACUUAUGCUACAUUGAAGUGAAAUCCAGACAGACUUGUUAGCAUUUUUGGUCUGAAGACUGUCUUCCCAAGCUGGUCCAAGCUCCCUGUGAGCCCACCUCUGGCCUGUAACUUCUCAGGCUGGUCCCAGCACAGUGUGAACCCACUCCUGGCCUCUAGCCUGUCUGUUCCCUCCACAUCCUGUGCUCUCCUAAGCUGGUCCCUGAUUCCUGUGAACCCACCCCUGGCCUCUAGCCUCUCUCCUCCUUCCACGUCUUUGCUCUGGCUCUGCACUGCUCAGCUCAUACUACACUUUGUUUCCUCUUACUCUGUUUUAGAAUGUUUCACGUAACUUAGAAUUAGCCCUUGCUUCCUAACAGAGCCCAGCUCACUGAUGGCAUCUUUCAUAGAAAAAGAUGUAGAAAAAUUAUAAUUACAAGGCAAACGAUCGGUCACAAACCACGAGUUAUCAGUAUUCUCCUAGUCACUUAUAACUGUAAGUUAUGGAAGAAGAGAGAUCCACUUUCUAAGCAUGAAGCCUCUGGAAUACUUUUAUGUCUCAUGCACACAAGUGGCAAAGUGAUGUUCACCUACGUCCAUUGGAUGUUCAUCCCUGGUAGUUUAAGCUUAGGGAAUGUUGGCAGAACAACUGGCUAUCUUAUUUAGAACAGUGUUCUAGGGAAUAUGACUGAAGAUGCCAAUAUGAUGCAUCUUUUUCACAAACGCAGCUGGAUAUAACACAACUGGAUACAUAGGCUCACAUAAUCUGUAUAUGUUAUGUAAUGUAUGUAUGUAAUGGUGGGGAAGGAGCCUGAGGCCAUACUGCAUCCACAGUCAGGAAGGAGAGAGAGGUGAAUGCUGGCUAUCACCUCCCUUUUUCCUUUGUAAUUAGUCUGGGACACUCGUCCACAGUACAGUACUGUUCACAGUUAGGAUAGAUAUUUCUAUGUCAAUUAACUACCUAGAAUCUCCUUCUCAGACAUGUCCUCAGGCUUGUUGCCAUGGUGAUUUUAAAUCCUGUCAAGUUGAUAACCAAGGUCAACCAUAAAACUCCUGACCUUGGGAAUUAGUAGAUUAUGAUUUUUCCAUUUUAUUAAAUUUAAACUUUUGCUGGGCCUUUGUUGUAAUUUCUACAUAAUAACUUACCUCCAAUGACCUGCAUCAUCAGCAAGCUUGUGGCAUUUAAUAAGAUGAAUAUAGUUAUUCGUUUUGAUAAUAACAUAGAUAAUGCAGGUCUUUAGUAUGAAUAAUAUAAGAAGAAAGAUCCAAAUGUUUAAAGAAGGAUUGUGUAUCUACUUUGUAAGCUUAGACAAUUGCUACCUAUGCCAUGUGAAGUCAUGGUCCUAAGUCUUCCUACAUUCCAGAAACAUAGCACAAGCCUCUCUUUCCAUUUAUCGUAGAGAAAAGAUACAGAAAAGAAGGUAUCAGAGUCAGUUUCCUGAAUUUAUAUUGAGUCUUAAUUUCACAUGGCCAUGUGGCUGCCUUUGAGUCUCCACCCCCUCAUAAAGGCCAGCAUUCAACCAUAACUUCUUUACUAGGUCAAAACUGAUAUAGCUGGAGUGAGGGUGCUCACUGGGAGCCACAUGCUAGCCUGGUGGACAAAGACCCUGAUAAAGACACUAUCAAAAACAGCAGCCAGGUUUCUCUUGGUGUGAAGCCAAGGUCCGCUCCUAGCUUUCCCAAGUGAGACUGUACAGGAAAAAAAAAAAGGUAACAACAGUGGGAAGAGACAUCAGCUCAGAUACUCAGCUUGGGAUGUGAGGAAAUAUGUCAAAGGAGAAGUCUGGAGACAUUCCCACCCCUGUCAAGGUCAGAUGUGCUUAAGGAAGAGAUUAUAAGCUCAGUUAGCACAGGCCCAGAUGCUGGGUGGCUUAGCAAGUCAAGUGAGGCUCAGCCAAAAUACUUUUGCUUAAGAAAAAUAAAAACUGGAAAUAGUUCAGAUUGUUGAGAUUGAGAGAUGCACAGAGUGACAAAGGCAUGUGUAAAGGUAUGUGUAAAGAUAUGUGUAAAGGUGUAUGUGUAAAGGUAUGUGUAAAGGUGUAUGUGUAAAGGUAUGUCUUACGCGCGUUCGCAACCGGCCAGGAAAGACGCAACAAGCCAGAAUCUUCUGCGGCAAAGCUUUAUUGCUUACUCAGGAGCAAGAGAGGAAGAGCGCGGCAGAGAGAGGCAGAGAGGAAGAGAGAGAGAGACUCAGAGAGACGCAGAGAGAGAGGCAGAGAGAGGGAAAGAGACGAAGAGAAAGAGACGAAGAGGCGAAGAGAGGGAGUGCCAGAACCCCGUCCCUUUUAAGGAGAAUUAUCCUCUGCCUAGGACGUGUCACUCCCUGAUUGGCUGCAGCCCAUCGACCCAGUUGUUAUCAAGAGAAAGGCAGAGCACACGGCGGGAAAACUGCCCCUGCACAUGUGCAGAUUAUUUACUACUUAGAACACAGCUGUCAGCUCCAUCUUAUAAUGGCAAAUGUGAGUGCGGCUCCCCACAGGUAUGUGUAAAGGUGUAUGUGUAAAGGUGUAUGUGUAAAGGUAUGUGUAAAGAAUCUGGGAAGUGCCCUCAGUUGUAAGUACCUUUCUCUGCUGAGCCAUCCUCAUGGCAGCCCCAUAGAUGCCACAUUUUAAACAGUGCUCGCAAUUAUUAAGUACCGACAGGGAGGCAAUCCAGAUAUUGAGAUCUAAAAUCCAUUAUCAUGGGGCUGGGGAGCUGGCCCCAUGGGUAGAAGUGUUUGCCCUAUGUGUAUCAGGACCUUAAUUUGAAUCCCUGGGCCCAUGUAAGAAGUCAAAUUAGAGCAAAAUCACUACAAAAUUGCUCUGGUCUCCCAAGCAGAAAGAGAUGAUUUACAGAGGACUGGGGCUGGCAAUCUGCUAGGUCGAUGGCGGCAGGUACUACAAUGGACCAGGAAGGACUCCAUUCUACAGUGCCAGCUUCCCACCAAGCAAACCAGUGCAUCCCUUGGCCAACAACAGGAUGCUCCAGGAUUCAGAAAUCUCAUCAUUAAAACUUUUCUCUAGAAAAAAAAUCUGCCUUAAUUUGAAUCUUAAGACAGCAAAAGGUAACCCACCUUAUGAACCCCGUACUAUCCCAUGACCACAAGGACCACACAAUGCCUGCCUCCCUGCCUUUUAUGUCCAGAGUUUGAAUCGUAUAUGAACUCCUAUCAACCAUGCCCAGAAACACGACUGCAAGAAAGUAGGGGAAUGCUAUCUAUUUUUUUAAAUUCUCCAGUGACUGCCAAGCUAGAAAAACUUCAGAAAUGUUAGAUAAUAUGUCAAAUAAGCUAGCAUGUAUAUGCUGCACCUUAAAUGUGAAUGUAUUUUAUCAAAAUGCUUAUUUCUAGUGCAAAGAAUAGAGAAACAGUCGCCGCACACUUACCUUCUCAUGAAGAAUGCACAUGAAUGAACACAAUCUCCUGAAUCUCGGGGAAAGUUUUCUUACGCUUAAAAAGGAAACCUUUGCUCAGUCUCACCACAACGCAUUUCCUAAUGUGUGCUGUGUGCGUAGUUCACAGUGAAGUACUCAGACUUCCAGUUUCUGAUCCAAACCUUGCCAUUCAUAAGUCCAUAAUACUCUUCAUUAUUUUCAUUUUGAGUCAAUUUGGUUGAUGUGACAGAAAUGGGGACAGUGUGGACCAAGUGCAUGAACACACAGAUGCCUGAAAGCCAGGGACACAGCGUAAAUAACUGCUCAAGGGUUUAGCAUGGCAAUGGGUAAAAGGCUCUGGAAACAAAAUGACCAGAGAAGCUGCAGGAAGCAAAGCACAGGUGAGCAAACAGCACAUGAGCUCCUCUACCUGAGGGACAUCAUAAGGAAAAGGGGCAAAGCUGUUUCUGCCCUAAAGGAGAAGAGCUUUUAUCUGGUGCCUUGUGGUAUCAAACAAGGAAUGGGUAUGUCAUUCAGCUUCCUGUUUCUCUUAGUUAAAGUCUUAUUGCUGUGAUGAGACAUCAUGACCACAACAACUCUUGUAUAGAACAACAUUUAAUUGGGCCUGUCUUAUAGGUUCAGAGGUUUAAUCCAUUAUGGCCAUGGUGAGAAGCAUGCUAUCAUACAGGCCGGCAUGGUGCUGGAAACAGAGCUGAGAGUUGUACAUCUUGAUCUGCAGGCAGCAAGGAGACACUGUCCCACUGGGCAUAGCUUAAGCAAAUGAGAUCCCAAAGUACUCCUCCACAGUGCCAUACUCCCUCCAACAUGGUCACACCUACUUCAACAAGGCCAAGCCUCCUAAUAGAGCCAUUCCCUUAGGGUCAAAAAUUCAAACACAUGAGUCUACAGGGCCACUGCUAUCAAGCCACCACACUGAUGGUGUGACAAACACCCCAGAGAAGCACCUGGAAAGAAGAUGGUUCAGUUCCUUUGUUCCUGUCUUCAAAGGUUCCACUCCACAGUCACCUGACUCUGUUGCUUUAGGCCUAGCAAACGGGAGUAUGCAUCACAGGAGGGUACACUGGCCCCUGCUCAGACAUGGCAGUCCAGAAGCAACACAAGAGGGAAGAAGCUAGGUCAAAGUACAGCCCCCACGUCACACUAGAACCCCUCAAGUAAGUCCCACUCCAAUGUAUCCAUUAUGUCCCAGCAACAAAUCAAUUAAAAACCACCUAGAGACCAGCCACUCAUGGUUUCAGCAUCCCUAUGACUCUCUCAGUUCCCCUCAGCCUCAGAUAAGCACAGCUAUGCUUGGAAGCUGGGCCUGUAUCACAUGAGUCUUGUGGAAGCUCUUGAUCCAAGCCCCAACAGUUAGCUUGUGGAACAAUUUCAUAGAGAAUUCCUGAUUUUCCUCUCUAGGCUGCUACUAUUUCUUCCCAAAACUAUAAUUUGUUCUUAUUCCUAGAAAAACUUGAUAUUUGGGGGAAAAUAUUUUAUUUUCAGUAACUUUAAAAAUGUAAGAGUUUCUAAUGCUUAGAUUCUUCCUCUGGCCACUUCUGUCUCUGAAGAGUGAGGCCAAUCAAGGCUCUUACCUCUGCAAAGCCUCCUUUCUACUUGAGACACUCAGGUAAGCUUAGUCGCUGUCUUAGUCAGGGUUUCUAUUCCUGCACAAACAUCAUGACCAAGAAGCAAAUUGGGGAAGAAAGGGUUUAUUCAGCUUACACUUCCAUACUGCUGUUCAUCACCAAAGGAAGUCAGGACUGGAACUCAAGCCGGUCAGAAAGCAGGAGCUGAUGCAGAGGCCAUGGAGGGAUGUUCUUCACUGGCUUGCUUCCCCUGGCUUGCUCAGCCUGCUCUCUUAUAGAACCCAAGACUCCCAGACCAGAGAUGGUCCCACCCACAAGGGGCCUUUCCCCCUUGAUCACUAAUUGAGAAAAUGCCUUACAGUUGGAUCUCAUGGAGGCAUUUCUUCAACUGAAGCUCCUUUCUCUGUGAUAACUCCAGCUGUGUCAAGUUGACACAAAACUAGCCAGUAAAGUUGCUCUUCUGGCCAAUUUCUGCACAUCACUGUGUCUCACAGCACAGUAGGGUUAAAGGUGACUAAAGAUUUUAGGGAGUGUAUAGUUUUGGAUGCAAUAAUUUAAAAUCCACUGUUAGUAUUGGAAGUAUUAUUAUAUUGUUAAUCCCCUGUGUUAGCUUGUGGUUGUUUCUGGGGGUUUCAGAAAAUAUAGGAGUUAGUACAUUUGAUUUUAUAGUUAGCAUUUAGGACACAAAACAAAUGCUGAAAUGUCUCUUUGUGUCUCAACAGGCCUUAGACACUGUCCCAGGUGAAUCAAGUCUUGUUCUUAUGAUAGAUUGUCAGAAUGAUCCCAGUGUUCCAGAGUCUGAGGUAGGGGGACCACAAGAUGGAGGCCAGUCUUGGACACACAGCAAGACACUGUCUUAAUAACAAAGCAGCAUUUUAACUGUGGAACCAACUGAUCUGCCAGGGGCUAGUAACUCCCAUAACACCUUAGGGUGUGUUUGACUCGAAUGUCUGUCUCCUCCUUUGACAGUGUGAUUUCCAUCACAAUUGUGGGUCAAGCAGUUAGGACAAGUUACACAUCCUAAUCCUUCAAGUUCUUCCCACAUCAGAAGAGAUGAGGUAGGUUCCUUCACUGUGGAUAGAUAGAGGGUAGAUAAACUUUGAAAAGAAACAUAUACAGAUACAGAUAACAGAUACAGGAAUUCUUACCAAAAAAUGCUAUAUAAACCUUAAAUUUAGCCAUUCAAAGAAUCUGCUUUUUAAAAAAGGACUAAUACCACACACACACACACACACACACACACACACACACACACACACAGAGAGAGAGAGAGAGAGAGAGAGAGAGAGAGAGAGAGAGAGAGUUGCAUGAAAAGAUGGCACAAUGUAUAUAUUGUCAGAAAUAUAAAGUAACGGUACAAUGUUUUAUGCACCUGUUAUCAUGGUCACAGUCAGUUCAAAAUCCAGCUAUUCCCAGUGCAGACAAGACAGUGGACAAUAGGCACACUCACUGUUGUCUGAGAGGGGCAAAUGGCAUGGCCAUGCUGGGAGAUAGCUCACCAGUUCCUUAUAAAAGUAGAUUAAAAUCCACCAACUGCUCUCUUCUGAAUGUUCACAAAAGAAUGUGAACUUUUCACACUGCUCACAUUAAAUCCUGCAUACAGAGUCAGAAGUAGUUUUGUUCAGGUUUACACCAAGUUGGAGACAAGAUGAUCAACUAUGUCACGCUAAGUCAGUAGAUUGUUAAUCAACUGAAAAUGAUAAAUGAGAUACAAGAACGAAAGGAUGGGGCUGAGAAAAGCUUACAGAGGAUGAAUAUGAUCAUAUGUAUUGUCAUUUGCCCAAACCCACAAACUGUGCUGCCCUGAAAUGACUUCGGAUGAGAGAUGGGACUUGCUGUGACCAUGACAUAGUAGGGAACAUAAAGUGUAUGAUGCAGAGUUCUGUACAUGUGUAUUCAUUGAGGACAUAUUGGGAAUUUCUUUACUUUCCACCGGAUUUGGUUUGAAGCAAGAAACUUCAUAUAUAUACACAUAUACAUACAUAUAUAUAUACACAUAUACAUACAUAUAUAUACAAGACAAACAUUUGAUAGCAAAGAAUGAAGCCAAAGGCCAUUCCAUUCCAUCUGCUCCCAUGUCCAAUCAUCAGCCAACUAAAUGAAAAUUCAAGUGCUGGACCACUUGCCCAUCACCUUCUCACCACUGGGCAAAGUUCAUCCAUGGUACACUCUAAGUAUAACCACAUUCCCAAAUGUUAUAGCCUUGUCACUGGGUCUAAACAGAAUAGGUUUGUUCUGUUCUACUCAGCCCCUCUUCUGAGUUUGUGAAAGAUAUUUUAAUAUCAGGAAAAUGUGGACCUAGUCACAGUGGAAGCAAGAAUCACUCUGAGUUUCAUUUUUCCCAUUAACUGUAUUUUUCUCAGUAUUAGUAGCCCUGAAUGUCUCCUUCUCUCAAGAAGGGAGUUGAACUAGAAGACUAAGGUUUAUAAGACCUGCCAACUCUCUCUCAGCUGCAACAUUGUGGAAGAUUAUCAAUACCCAUGGGUAAAAACAAAUAACACGUUCCUACAGGGGAAACCCACACUGAGAAUCCAGCAAUAAAUUUUUGUCUUGAACACUUGAGCUGCACACACUUUCUGGUAAUAUCUAUUAUACUAAAGGCCAUUUGUAAGGUUUCCUGAUCUUGAUUUAUUCCAGUCUGGGAUUGCUUUCUGAAGGGAUAAUCUCAUUUAUGAUAUUGCCUUUUUAAGAUGGAGCAAGCAUUAUAAAGAAAGAUAAAUUUACACUGCCAACUAAAUGCAAAUGAUCGCUAUUUUGAGAAAAGCAUUUCAAGACUCUCUUUUAUACAGAGCUAUGGAGAUUCUAGUAUGUCUAAGAGUUAUAGACAAUAGCCAUGAAUAAAAUAGGUUGCCACCAGGGUGUGAAAAACAAAAUACUGUAUGAAGGGCAAAUUAUAUCCAAAUUGUUCUAGAAGUUAAUACUUGGCUCAUAUUUUAUCCAUGUGCCCCCCCCCCAAAAGUAAUCUUUAGAAGGUUCAAAUCACCAUGGAAAUUAGCAACACCCCCCCCCAUCUCCACUGUGGGAACAAGAGACAGGGUAGAUGCUUUCUAAUAGAAAGUAUAGGGUUCACAGUCAAGGGUCAGUGUCCAAAGUCAUCGUCUACAGGGUACAGGAAUAGUUGACCUCAGAGAA